AUGAUCUGCUUGGUGCUUACCGUGUUUGCCAACAUCUUCCAGAGCACUUGCACUGAAGUAAAUGAGCGCACCUUCCUAGCCAUCAAGCCAGAUGGGGUGCAGCGGCAUCUCAUAGGGGAGAUCAUCAGGCGCUUUGAAAAGAAGGGCUUCAAACUGGUGGGAAUGAAACUCAUGCAGGCCUCGGAAGACUUGCUGAAGGAGCAUUAUAUAGCCCUCCAUGAUCGCCCCUUCUACAGCCACCUGGUGGAGUAUAUGAGAUCGGGUCCUAUUGUAGCCAUGGUCUGGCAGGGGCUGGAUGUGGUAAAGACGGCUUGUGCAAUGAUUGGAGAAACUAACCCUGCCGAUUCCAGACCCGGCACCAUCCGAGGGGACUUCUGCAUUGAAGUCAGCAAGAAUGUGAUUCAUGGCAGCGACUCAAUCGAGAGUGCCCGGCGGGAGAUUUCGCUCUGGUUCCACACAGACAAGUUGAUCUGCUGGGUGGACAGCACUGAGCACUGGAUCUAUGAGUAA